GCAGUUAGACAACAGUCACAGUUCAUAUUUCUGGAAGAGUACUACUUCUAAAGUAUACUCAGAUUUUCAAAUUAAUAUUUCAAAUUUCAAAUUAAGUUUUAUAUAAAAUUUUAAAUAAAAUUGCGAAAAUGUUCCGUUUAACUAUUGUGUGUUUGGCGCUCUUCCUGGCCUCGGUUUCGGCCACGAAUGUGAGACAAUGCAAAAAUGGCAGACCAUUCCCUUUGAGUGUCGAAAUUGAGGACUGCGACAAAAUGCCCUGCAAUGUGGUCAAAGGCAGUACAGCCGUCAUGAAGGUGCACUUCGUGGGCACACGCGAUAAUAUUAGAUCAAUCAAUGGUGUGGUUCACGCCACCGCUUUGGGUCUGACAGUGCCCUAUCCACUGCCCGAUGAUGUCGCCGAUGUGUGCCGUAAUUUAUUGCACGGUGCCUUAUGCCCCAUCGAUGAGUCCGAGGAUGUCGUAUACAACUUCAACUUUUACGUUGAUACUUCUUACCCUGAGGUCAGCGUAAAGGUAGAAUUGGAUUUGGUUGAUGAAAACAAAGAAUCCAUUGCUUGCUUCGUCACCGACAUUAAAGUACAGAGAGCUUAAGCGGAAAAUUGAUUGGAAUUUUGGGAAUUGUAUAUAUUGUAUUUUAAGAAGAUAAUAUGUAAAUAGUAAUUAAUAAAGAUAGCUAUAUUUAAAUGCGAA